UCAUUCCCUUUGCUUUCCUAUGCGCGGCGUCCUUGGUUAUUCCGUUAUGGACUAAAGCCCCAUAUCCACUCCGCCUACACAAACCGGGGCAAAAAAAAAAAGCGGUGCGGAGUCUCGCUGCAUCCGAAAAAAGGGAACAACAGGGUAAUUCCUAAUCGUCAAACGAUGAUAUACGGCGUAUCGGAUGCACCUUCGGUGUGAAAACUCAGCAGGAGUGUAAGCUAAUAUCUCAGCUCAGCUAUAACAAGCGAGAAGAUGGCGAACGAUUCUCCGGCUAAAAGUCUAGUGGAUAUAGACCUCGCCUCUCUGCGGGACCCCGCUGGGAUUUUUGAGCUGGUGGAGGUGGUGGGCAAUGGCACAUAUGGACAAGUAUACAAGGGUCGGCAUGUCAAAACGGGACAGCUGGCGGCCAUCAAAGUCAUGGACGUCACAGAGGAUGAAGAGGAAGAAAUCAAGUUGGAGAUUAAUAUGCUGAAGAAAUAUUCUCACCAUCGCAACAUUGCCACUUAUUAUGGAGCUUUCAUCAAGAAGAGCCCACCAGGACAUGAUGACCAGCUCUGGUUGGUGAUGGAGUUUUGUGGUGCUGGCUCCAUCACAGAUCUGGUGAAGAACACUAAAGGGAACUGGUUGAAGGAAGACUGGAUCGCCUACAUCUCCAGAGAAAUCCUCAGGGGCCUGGCUCAUCUACACGCCCAUCAUGUCAUUCACAGAGAUAUUAAAGGACAAAAUGUGCUGCUGACUGAAAACGCAGAAGUCAAACUAGUGGACUUUGGAGUGAGUGCUCAGCUGGACCGCACCGUGGGCCGCAGGAACACCUUCAUUGGCACGCCGUACUGGAUGGCACCCGAGGUCAUCGCCUGCGACGAAAACCCAGAUGCUACCUACGACUACCGGAGUGAUUUGUGGUCUUGUGGAAUCACAGCUAUAGAGAUGGCUGAGGGAGCACCACCGCUGUGUGACAUGCAUCCCAUGCGAGCGCUCUUCCUCAUUCCCAGAAACCCUCCACCUAGGCUCAAGUCCAAGAAAUGGUCCAAGAAGUACUUUAACUUUAUUGAGAGCUGUCUGGUGAAGAACUACACUCAGAGGCCAACCACAGAGCAGCUGCUGAAACACCCGUUCAUCCGAGACCAGCCGAACGAAAGACAAGUGCGCAUUCAGCUAAAGGAUCACAUCGACCGUACCCGCAAGAAGAGGGGAGAGAAAGAUGAGACUGAAUAUGAAUACAGUGGCAGUGAGGAAGAGGAGGAGGAAGCUCCAGAGCAGGAGGGAGAACCAAGCUCCAUUGUGAACGUGCCGGGCGAGUCGACCCUGCGGCGAGACUUUAUCCGUCUGCAGCAGGAGAAUAAGGAGCGUUCGGAGGCACUGAGGAGGCAGCAGCUCCUGCAGGAACAGCAACUUCGUGAGCAGGAGGAGUACAAACGCCAACUGUUGGCUGAGCGCCAGAAACGUAUCGAGCAGCAGAAGGAGCAACGGCGGAGGCUUGAGGAGCAACAGCGGCGUGAGCGAGAGAUGAGGAGGCAGCAGGAGAGAGAGCAGCGGAGGCGCGAGCAGGAAGAAAAGAGACGCCUGGAAGAGAUCGAACGCAGACGCAAGGAAGAGGAGGAGCGCAGGAGAGCUGAGGAGGAGAAAAGGAGGGCAGACCGUGAACAGGAGUACAUCAGGCGGCAGCUGGAAGAGGAGCAGAGACAUCUGGAAAUUCUACAGCAGCAGCUUCUGCAUGAACAGGCCAUGCUACUGGAGUUUAAGUGGAGGGAGCUGGAGGAGCAGAGACAGGCUGAGAGACUCCAGAGACAGUUACAGCAGGAGCAGGCAUACCUCCUCUCACUCAAACAGGUCAAAAAUCUCCAGCAGCAGCCUCAAGCACAGCCUCCAACUGCAGACAAGGGCAGAAACCCUACACAGCCCCCGUCCUCAGCCCAAAGGAGCAAAAUUCCCCAACAGCAGCAGCCUUUGGCUGAAAAGAGCAGAAAAGUUCCAGUGGAGCAGCACAAGGACAAGAGCAAGAUCCAGCCACUGACAAGCCAUGAAAAGUCCAGAAUCCCGCAGUUGCAACAGUCAGCUGUGGAAAGGACCAAAACCCCACCGUUACCACAGGUGUCCACGUCAGACAGGAGCAGGAUUCCCCAACCUCAGCAGUGUGCACAAGAAAAAAAACAAAUCCCUCAGCCUCAGCAGGUGCCCACAGAGAAGGAUCCUCUCACUCCUCAAGAUCAAUCCAGGAGGAGCUCGAUCCCCCAGGCUGUGCCACCUUCCCAGGGCCAGGCCAAUCAGACACUCCCGUCAGAUUCCCCGUGCCCCGCCCCUGACUCAAUGCCAAUCAGAGAGGCAGAUGAGCGGCACCGCAGGGCACCUCAAGGCUCACCGCAGGCCGUCGUGGCCCAGAAGCAGCCUCCUGCCGUCCCGCCCCGCGCCGAAACCUAUUCCAACGGCAACGCCUCCGAGUCGGCCCAGCCUGUCAUGCACCGCCCCGUGGAACCUCAGGUAACCACGGUGCAGUGGUCCCAGGUAGCUGCUCUAAAGAGCAGCUCAGCUGCUCCUCCCUCCAUCUCCCGCUCGCACUCGUUCAGCGAGUCCACUCCCUCACUCAUUCACGUUCGUGGCCAGCAGCACCCACCGUGCCCUGAGCUGCCACCCCACUCACACGAGGAGCCUCCGCGGGUUCCGGUAAGAACAACCUCCAGGUCACCAGUACUCUCUCGCCGUGAGGCCCCUCACCAUGUUGGCACACCACAGAGCAACCUGCAAGCUCAGAAGAAUGUCGGAAGUAACACUGAUCCGCGACUGCUCUGGGAGCGGGUAGAGAGGAUGGCUCCCAGGCCCAGCAGCAGCAGCUCAUCAGGGUCUAGUUCCACAUCCAGCAACUCUAACACUGGGUCAGGAGAGAGGAUCAGACCACGCACCUCGUCUAAGUCUGAGGGCUCUCAGCAUCGGCUGGAGCAUGUGGCCAAAAAAGCAGAGGAGGAGAAGAAGGAUAUAGCUCGGCCCGGGCGUCCGGUGGCUGAAGUGGAUUUGACUGCACUGGCCAAAGAGCUGCGUGCUGUGGAGGAUGUGAGGCCACCACACAAGGUCACCGAUUACUCUUCUUCUAGCGAUGACUCGGGAACCACUGACGACGAGGAUGACGAAGAGGUGGAUCAGGAAGGAGGAGAGGAGUCCACCUCAGGGCCAGAGGACUCACGUGGAGGCUCGUCCAGACUAAGCAACGGUGAGACAGAGUCCAUGAAAAUGAUGGUUAUCCACGAAGAUGGUGAUGAUGCCUCCUCCACCCCGUGCAAGGACAGCACUCUAGUUGUGCGACAGAGUGCAGGUGAUGUAAAAAAGUGCCCAGUGCCCACACCAGCCCCCAGCUUUAGUGACCGGAAUGAUCGGAACGGCUAUUCGGGCCGAAUUCACCUCUUGCCCGACCUGCUCCAGCAGAGUCAGCCCUCGCCCCCUUCUUCCUGCCCUUCCACCCCCUCCACCACAUCAUGCCACAGCAGUCCUGCCCUGUCCCCUCUUGCUACCCCGGACAGACUGCCCUGCCUUAUGGAGUCACAGUCCGCCACAAUGCAGAAGCACAAGUCCUCCUCUUCCUUCACUCCUUUCAUCGAUCCACGCCUGCUCCAGAUCUCUCCAUCCACCGGCAGCGCUCUCAACAAUGUGGGUUACGGGAAUGAUGCUAGGCUGCAGGAGGCGCUGAGGCAGGAUGCAUCACGCAAGGGCUCCGUGGUGAACGUAAACCCAGUCAACACCCGGCCUCAGAGUGACACGCCGGAGAUCCGCAAAUACAAGAAACGGUUCAACUCUGAGAUCCUGUGUGCUGCCCUGUGGGGUGUUAAUCUGCUGGUCGGGACAGAGAGCGGACUGAUGCUGCUUGAUCGUAGCGGUCAAGGGAAGGUCUAUCCCCUCAUCAACCGCAGGCGCUUUCAGCAAAUGGACGUCCUGGAGGGCUUAAAUGUGCUGGUGACUAUUUCAGGGAAAAAGAAUAAGUUGCGGGUUUACUACUUGUCCUGGCUGAGGAACAAGAUUCUUCACAACGACCCAGAGGUGGAGAAGAAACAAGGAUGGACCACCGUAGGGGAUCUGGAGGGAUGUGUCCACUACAAAGUUGUGAAAUAUGAGAGGAUCAAGUUCCUGGUUCUUGCACUGAAGAACUCUGUGGAGGUGUACGCCUGGGCUCCAAAACCCUACCACAAAUUUAUGGCUUUCAAGUCAUUUGGUGACCUGGUGCACAAGCCCCUCCUGGUGGACCUGACCGUAGAGGAAGGUCAGAGGUUAAAGGUUAUCUACGGGUCCUGCUCAGGGUUCCAUGCUGUGGACGUAGACUCAGGAGCUGUGUAUGACAUCUACCUUCCUACUCAUAUCCAGACCAGUAUUCAGUCACAUGCCAUAAUCAUUCUGCCAAACACAGACGGUAUCGAGCUGCUUGUGUGUUACGAGGAUGAGGGCGUGUACGUCAACACCUACGGCCGCAUCACGAAAGACGUCGUGUUACAGUGGGGAGAGAUGCCAACCUCUGUGGCAUAUAUUCGCUCCAACCAGAUCAUGGGCUGGGGGGAGAAGGCCAUCGAGAUUCGCUCUGUAGAAACCGGCCACCUGGAUGGAGUUUUCAUGCAUAAGAGAGCUCAGAGGCUUAAGUUCCUGUGUGAACGCAAUGACAAGGUGUUCUUUGCAUCAGUGCGUUCUGGAGGAUCCAGCCAGGUCUACUUCAUGACCCUAGGGCGCACGUCCUUACUCAGCUGGUAAACACUCCCACUCCUCCUGGAAUGACGACUCCCUUUUCACAUGAUGACAGUGUCGCCUACAACCACCAACCAAGAUCCUCAGUGUGAUGAGCAGAAACCACAUCAAGUUAAACGACUCAGCUGCUGUCGUAAACCAGACUGAGAAGCUGUAUAGAAAUUUAAAUUUAGAUAAAGUAAAAAAGCACGCGUGUGUAUGAGAGAAGGCCUCAGGCGAGAGUGUUGAUCUUAUGGUAUUAUUGCUAGCCUGUGUAAAUGUUUUCUUUCUGUAGAAAUCCAAGAUGACCAAGUAGUAGAGUGACGCCAGAAAUGUGCUGGGGAAUACGUGAGAAUUUCAGGAUGGAAAGAGGGAGAGAGAGAGAGUGUGUGUGUUAAGUAGGUCCCAGGAAAGUGAAGUUUAUUUACGUUAUGGACUGGUAUGUGUGUGACGCGUCUAGAAUGGAGAUGGACCAUGAAAGAAUAUUUUAAUGUUAUUAUUAUUGGUACCAUCAUUAUUAUUAUUAUUAUUAUUAUUAUUAUUAUUAUUAUUAUUAUUAUUAUUAUUAUUAUUCACUAAAUAUGUGGAUUCUUAUAAUCUUCUACUUGUGAUUUUUAAGGCUCGCAUGUUCUCACUGUCCCCCGUAACAUAUAUAUAUAUAUAUAUAUAUAUAUAUAUAUAUAUAUAUAUUAUAUGUGUGUAUAUCUAUAAAAAAUAUAUAUUUUACUGGGGACAGUGUUUAAUGUCAAAAUUUGUGCUACCAUAAUAUUUAUAAACAGCAGAGAAAGUAACAAGCAUGGACUUUCGCAGCUUAGAGUGGCCCUGCCCAUUCUCUCUCACCUGACAGGUGAGUCUUGGAUCUCUCUCUCGCCUCUAGUUAGAAUUUUAUGGACUGUGUCUAAGAUGGUGUACCUGCUGUGAAUACAUGACCUUAAAUGGAAAGGGAACAGCGAUGUCACCUCGCUGGUGUGUAAGCACGAGUCAGAUAAACGAUGCGGAACACAUCUGACACUGUAAAGGUUCUGCUCAUUAAUUAGGUGGACGACAUUUCCCUUUUUCCCCCUCAUGCCCAAACAUUUGAUUUUAGAAUUUUUCCAAAUAUAUACGAUGCACUAAGUGGGAAUGUAGUGUGAAAAUACUGUUAUUGUGCUUCAAGUUGAAAGGCAUGACUCCACGCUGUUUUAGUUUCUUUCUUUUUACAGUGUUUAACAGAGUAACAAUAACAAACUGAGCCUGUCUGAGUCUAUUGUGCGUGACUUUGGAGUUGUUUGCCGUCGUAACCGGUCCGUUACAUUGAAGAGCAUCAUCCCUUCAUGACGUCAAGUGUGUUCUGUUUCUAUUAAAUCAGACUGUAAGAGUUUUAUUUGAAACUUUACCUCCUCAGUGUUACACAUGAACCGUGGGAUUUUCUCCCCCUUCUCUGUGAGUUCCUGGCAGGUGACCUGCCACUUGUUGAUAUUAAAUGUGUUCCUUUAUAGCAUAGCAUAGCACGCACGCACGCACACACACACACACACACACACACACACACACACUGUUUUGUUACUGAAGGCAUCUCGGUUGUAUGGCUCUGUUUUUGUGACUCUCAGGAGAGUAAUAGCUCUCUCCACAUACACUCAAACACACACACAUACAUUUAUUCAUUCAUUCAUUCAUUGCUAUUUUCUCUGUUGAUCUCUUUCAUGUAUUUUAUUAAGUCUUUAUUACAUUUAAGGCUUUAUAUUUUGUCAGUACUUAAAAACACGGUCUGUAAACACACCACAGUUGCUGUUCCUGUGUGAGAAACACUAGAAUCUCUUUAGUGCUAUUCUCUAACUGACUUUCAGUUUGGAUACACAAAUUCAGCAGAUCUUACAGCUGUGUGUGUGUAUUUACCUCAUCUUUUCCCUCCAGUUUAAUACACACACACACACACACACACUACAUUCAUCACCAUAUUUCUGGUUAGGUGCUUUUAUUUAAUCGUUCAUAUAAUUUUAUUUAAUGCUAAUAAGUAUUAAUUAUUGUUCAAGUUGUUUGGAUUUCCUUUGAGUUUCAUGGCUGAUAUCCACUUGCGGUGUUUGCAUAAGAAAAUCAAAUCAAUUGUGCUGUAAUGACAAAAUGGAGAAACUAAGAGCUGAUGUUAAGGAACCACUACAUGAAAUGCAAACAUUUUCUGUUCUUCUUUUCUGUUUAAGAGCUUCGACUGCUCCACUUCUAGGUAUAGUUAAGAGCGUUAACUCUAGAGGUUUUUUUUAACGUCUGAGUUUAGUGCAGUCGUAAUGUAGUGCUCACUUAAUAUAAUCUUCACCUGUUGAGGAAAAUGUUUACAGAGGCAGACGUUGAGCUACACUAACGUUCAUUUAAUUUAUGUUUUCUCUUACAGAGCUCUUUGCUUUAUUUUGUAUUGACUCUUUUUUUUUUGUCAGUAUUUUCUCUCAGUUGUGUAAGGCUAAUAACUCAGACAGAUAUGAAUAAUGCCGUUUCAGAAACGUUCCCGGCUGAUCUGGAUGUCUGUAUUUCAGUCGUGGCACUGUAUCGUUCGUCCUCUCUGUGUGUGGCAGGAAGUCCUGUAUUUUCCUGAUGGUCCUUUGUUUUUUUCUUUGAAAAUAAACUCCUAAGGUAAUUUAA